CCACUCGCUCGUGCCUCGCUACGUAAUAGAGUGUCAACCUUGCUCUGCACUCUUUCAUCCUCCUCUCGCUAUCUUUGUUUAAUCAAGAUCUAGAUCACCGCGCACAUGCAGACUUGCAUCCGGUCUUGCUUGUCAUGACUAUGUCUUUGCCCCAGACAUCCCACACUCUUGUCUGGAUCCACUCAGCAGAGUCAACACUUGCCAUUCGCUCACUGUGAUCUGCACACCACACUGAAUCCACAUUCCACGUACUAUAUGCUCUGUCCAUUUAGCAAUGACCUUCUUCGUCUCAGCGCUCCAAAACCUCACUUUCCUAUCGCCGCUUUCGCUCGCAACAGCGCUGCAAUUCGGAGACAGUGUCGUGAGAAGACAUAGUCGGCGCUUUGUGUACAAAUCACGAGUCACGACUGAUCUUGAAAUAUGUACGCUAGUGAGGCGUACCAAAAUAUUACAAUUACAAUACUCGUCUGCAUGCCUAGUGCUUAAAUCAUGGAUGAUCAGUGGGCGUUGUAACGGGGAGUACUGUGUGGGGAACCAAGGCCAGACCUCUACGGCGGGAGGCUACGGCUCUCUCUAUCCAGGACCGACUACGACAUACGCGAGGACUACCGACUACGAGCCAGGACCCUGCCACUGCCGACCUGCCCUGCCAGAGCGCCCCGCUCCAGCGUUUGAGUUGAAGUCGAAGAAGUUUGGCAUCCAUUCGUUCAAACGUCUUUCAAACCUAAGGUACGGCAUGCUUUGCAUAAUGGAUUGUGCAGAUGGUCAUAACAAUCAUUCGACAAGCGUGUCGCAUUUCGUCUUCACUUCACAUUUUUCUAGCCAUUUUAUCUUUGAAAUCAAAUAGUGUCAUACGUCUGCAAGCGGUGUAGUAUGAUUUUACCGUGUGCGGAAAAUAU